AUGUUAAGGUACAUGAGGGAUGAGUGGGUGAUCCACGACAGCCAGAAUGGCUUCAGCAAGGGAAGAUCAUGUCUGACCAAUCUGCUCUAUGUGGCCACUGAAGCCAUCCUCAUUGCACUGGUGGGGGCAACUCCUCCAUACCACUGGGAUCUGGAACUGCUCUUUGCUAACCAGAGCCAUAGCAACCAGUCAGCGAGUGAGCAGAGAGCCUUUGGGGAAUGGCUUCUUACUGCCAAUGGCAGCGAAGUUCAUAAGCACGUACACUUCAGCAGCAGCUUCACAUCAAUAGUCUCUGAGUGGUUUUUAAUUGGCAACACAUCAUACAAAGUCAGUGCUGCCAGUUCUUUCUACUUCAGUGGUGUGUUUGUUGGAGCAAUCUCCUUUGGCCAGCUCUCAGAUCGCUUUGGAAGGAAGAAAAUCUAUCUCACAGGUUUUGCCCUUGACAUCUUGUUUGCCAUUGCAAAUGGAUUCUCACCCUCAUAUGAAUUCUUUGCCGUGUCUCGAUUCUUGGUAGGGGUGAUGAAUGGUGGGAUGUCACUGGUGGCCUUUGUUCUACUGAAUGAGUGUGUGGGUACUGCCUACUGGGCAUUAGCAGGAUCUAUUGGUGGCUUGUUCUUUGCUGUGGGAAUUGCCCAGUAUGCUUUGUUAGGGUACUUCAUUCGCUCCUGGAGGACUCUGGCUGUUGUGGUUAACCUGGAAGGAACAGUAGUCUUUCUUCUCUCUCUGUUUAUUCCAGAGUCCCCCCGCUGGCUAUAUUCACAAGGCAGGCUGAGUGAAGCAGAAGAUGCCCUCUACCUCAUUGCAAAGAAGAACCGCAAGCAGAAGCACACUUUUUCAUUAAAACUCCCUGCUGAGAGGAGCCCCAGAGAAGCUGGCAGUUUCUUGGACCUCUUCCGAUACAGGGUUCUCUUGGGACGCACCUUAAUCAUGAUGUUCACCUGGUUUGUGUGCAGCUUGGUUUAUUACGGUCUUACCCUUAAUGUGGGUGAUUUAGGUGGAAACAUUUAUGCCAAUUUAGCCCUAUCAGGGUUGAUAGAAAUCCCAGCAUACCCAAUCUGUAUUUACUUGAUUAACCAAAAAUGGUUUGGUCGAAAGAGAACACUGAGCGCGUUUCUGUUCCUGGGAGGAUUGGCUUGUCUUAUUGUCAUGUUUCUUCCUAAAAAGAAAGAUACUGGAGUUUUUGCAGUGGUGAACAGUCGCUCACUUUCUUUGCUGGGAAAACUGACAAUCAGUGCUGCAUUUAACAUUGUCUACAUCUACACGUCAGAACUUUAUCCCACAGUGAUCAGGAAUGUUGGAAUGGGUGCCUGCUCCAUGUUUUCCCGUGUUGGUGGAAUCAUUGCUCCUUUUGUCCCUUCACUGAAAUCUGUGCAGUGGUCUCUGCCUUACAUUGUAUUUGGAGCAACUGGUUUAUUGUCUGGGCUCUUAAGUUUAUUGUUGCCUGAAACCUUGAACAGCCCUCUGCUAGAAACUAUUUCAGACCUACAGAUAUGCUCAUACUGGAGACUGGGGGAUGAAGCCAUGUCACUGCAAACCCUAGAUGGCUCGCAGUCUGGAGACAAGGACAAUUCUGCAGGAAGUGGAAGUGAAGAUGAGGAAUUCUAUGAUGCUAACGAAGAGACCCAUAUGAUCAAGAUAACCUAUCACUGCCACAGAUUGACAGAGAGGUUAUGGAGUUGUUGGCAGUGUUCAAAAGCCAUCAAGACAAGGUCCAGGGCAACCAGCUGUAUGGGACCCUAGAUGACCUCCACUACCAAAACUCUUGACAGGUGUGCCUAAUACAUGACUCCACAAUGCUUUCUUUCAGAUCGAGUCCUUAAAGGGCUGACAGUUACUACGAGCAAAACUUGGCACCAUAUUCCUUUUGUGUUUCUAUCGUCUUAGGUCAAAUAAAUGAAACUCCUUAGGAUAUAAGCAGACAUUUAUAGCCAAGUUCUGUGUCUGGUUACAUGUUUGUAUUCUUACUGAUUUCAGAAGACAGAUCUUAGAUUUCCACUUGACCAGAAGAACAGCCAAAGGGGUAAGCUUCCUUCUCUCUGCUUAAGCCUUCAUCAUCAUGAAAUCAAAUCUUUCUACAGUCUCUGUAUCUUGUAGACGUAAAGUCCUGGUUAGCCCAGAGGUGAGUAACAGAAAAGAGGCAGUACAGGGAAUCGAUUUUUGUUUGCAGCAGUGAAUCAAAUUGUAUAUAGGUGGUGUGCAUAUUUUUAAAUAUUUUUUUGGGGGGGACUUGAAUACUGACUGUUACGAGCCUUCCAGCAUUAAAACACAGACUGAUAAAUGUCAGAGUACUUCUUUAGUUGUAUCCGUGCGCUGUUGUUAAAUCAAAGUUGUACUGAUGAGAAGUCUCUGUUUAGAAUACUUGAUCUGAGAAGCCACAGUUAAGGCAUCAUGAGCUUUUCCAUAACAGACCUUGUAUGGGGUUAUGUCCAUGCAUUCUGUGAGCAGUUGUUGGGUCCAUCUCUUUUUAAACUGUUCUUUCCUGUAAGCAAGGGACCAUAGCAACAAGUGUAGAAAUAUUCAGAGUAAUUGCACUUACCUGUUUUGUUUUCUUAAUGUAUUUCCUAUGCAUACUGCCUUACCCAUACGUACUGUGCUUCACUGGUGGUACUAAGGGUAAAUAUCAGGUUUUUAAUUUAUAAUAUAUAACAUGAUUUUUUUAAAAAAUAAUAAUAAUUCUGUAACAUUAGGUAUUUAUUUCAAGACAGAGGAAGAGAUGUUGCUAAGCCCAGGUGAAUUUAAUCAAAAGUUAAUAUUGGUGGUCUUUAUUCUCAGUUAAUUUCUGAACGGUUUUGAUCAUUUGAAAUAAAUACAAUAUUUUAAGAUUUUUUUUGUAGAGGAAAGCUCACUUUCAGGUGACUAGUAACAGCUCUGAUACUGCCUCUGACACGUGUACCUUCAUAUAACGUCUUUGUAACUUAUUUUGUGCCUUUUCUCCCCCGACACAAAAAAUCUCUCAAUAAAAACAAACUCUUUUGGAACACUGUAAACCUA